AUGGCAGAACUACACAUUAUCGGACAAAUUGUCAGCGGAGAGGGAUUCAAAGAGUCAAACCUGUGUUGCUGUUGGUCCUUGAAAUACGGAGGAGGAUGGCGUCUGCUGGAAGGAGCCACGACUGGACAGACUCAGACCGACAAGCCGGCUGUAGGAAAAUGUUGCAAUUUCGCACACCCAGUCGACGUUCACCUGACAACAAAGUCUAUUCAAGGUUGGCCCAAAGUUCAUUUUGAAGUAUGGCACUUAGACGAUUUCGACAGGUACAGCAUUGUUGGCUAUGGAUUUACGCACGUUCCUCCGGUUCCCGGUGAACAUGACGUCAAAUGUACAAUCUGGAGGGUUGUAGGAAGCUUCAGGGAAGAAUUAGUGACUCGUUUUUUGGGUGGAGGGCAACAGCUUAGUGAUAUCGACUUGGUUUCGAAUUCACUUGAUCGUUUUAAGCUCACGACCGAAGCCGUCGGUUUCAUCAACAUACAGCUGUACAUCAUUACCAGAAACUUCGAUGCGUAUGGCAUA